AUGGCUUCUGUCCAAGAUAACAGCAUCGUCAUCGAAUGCAAGCUAACCUUGAUCCAUGUGCCAGAUGAUGAGCCCAUAUCACCGAAUCAUUUUGCAAGAUUGAAAUACCACCACCAGAGAUGGCACAGCAAUUCGGCAUGCUUCUGGACGUACGACAUGGUAAGUGCAGAUGUUAGCUUUAAGAUUGGAAGGGAGUCCUUCCAUGCUCACAAGUUGGUGCUCGCCGUCCGCUCUCCGGUCUUCAAAUCGCAGCUAAUCGGCGGGUUCAUGAGGGACAAAAGGAUGCAAUGCCUACAAAUCAGUGACAUGCAGCCUUCAGUUUUCAAGGCUCUGCUGCAUUAUGUAUACACUGAAACGUUGCCAAACAUGGAUGGUGCUGAUAGAGGUAAUAGGUAUGAAAUGUUGUGCCAUAUCCUAGAGGUGGCUGAUCUCUACGCCAUUGAGAGGCUGAAGAACAUUCGCGAGCGCAUGCUAUGGAUGGACCUUGAUGUGGAGAAUGUGGCUAUGACACUCGCUCUACCAGAACAGCAGCAUUGUAAACAUCUUGCAAAUGCUUGCUUAGAAUUUAUGGAAGUACCUGAAAAGAUGGAUGCUGUGGUAGCAACUAAAGGGUACAACGAGAUAAAGAGAGAUUGCCCCUCUCUUUUGUUCAAACUGUGGGAGAGGAGAGUGCGUGCCCGCAGGAGCAUGGACUGA